AUGGAAGCAGUGCAACGUCUCAUUAAACUGCUGCAAGGCGCAGAAUUUGUGCCGGGGGCGCUUGACGCGCAGGUUCUGCUUGACUGCGACCUGGAUCUAGUGAUCACGGCCAGCCGAUCACUGUUUAAAGCGCUGGCCCUACUGACCGGCAAGUAUGACUCCGCUGACCGCGAGCUCACGACCUGUAUCAUGGUCAAAGAGGAAGACGGUUCACCAGCGGCGUCGUCACAUUACGCUUCGGCGGAGUCGAUUGCGGACGAUAGCGACAGCUUAAAAAAUAAAGCGAAUGUCGUUAGGACCUUCCGGUGCAGCACUUUUAUGUGA